CUCAAAUCUCUUUCAACCUCCACCCCUCCCAUCGUUGUCAUAAGACCCCCUCCUUUCUCUUUCAUCAUGUCCUUGUGCCAGUGACCCCAUGCGUCUCUGAAGAAAAUGGCCUGCAAUGGGAUGGCUUCCCACUCCUUUCCUCCUAACUUCACGCUUCAGAUGCAAACACCCUAUGAAGAGGAGCACCCACUCCCAACCUCUCUCAACCCCAUCCUCCCUACCACCUCAUGCACCAACCUCCAGGAUUUCAGAGGUGUGGGCCCAAUGCUGGGGAGGAUAUCCAUGUCCUUUUCGGGUAUGGAGGCCUGCGAGGAGAUGAAUGCCGACGAUGACUUAUCCGAUGAGUGCUCGCAGGCAGGGGAGAAGAAGAAGAGGCUCAACAUGGAGCAGGUGAGGACUUUGGAGAAGAACUUCGAGCUGGGGAACAAGCUGGAGCCCGAGAGAAAAAUACAGCUGGCCAAAGCCCUUGGGCUGCGGCCAAGGCAGGUGGCCAUAUGGUUCCAGAACAGGAGGGCCAGGUGGAAGACCAAGCAAAUGGAGAAGGACUAUGAUGUGCUCAAGAGGCAGUUUGAGGCCAUCAAGUCAGAGAAUGAUGCUCUACAAGCCCAGAACAAGAAACUACAAGCUGAGAUCUUGGCUCUCAAGGGCAGAGAAGCAUCAGAACUCAUCAACCUCAAUAAGGAAACUGAAGGUUCUUGCAGCAAUAGAAGUGAGAACAGCUCGGAGAUCAACUUAGAUAUUUCGAGAACAUCAGCCACUGAAAGUCCCCUAAAUCCUCACCAAAGCAUACCUUUCUUCCCAUCAAUUAGGCCAGCAGACAUAGAUCAGCUCCUCCAAAGCUCUUCCAGACCAGAGCUCCAAUGCCCCAAGAUCGAACAAGGCAUCCCAGAUGGAACCUAUGGCAACUUGUUAUGCAGCAUGGAAGAACAAGCUUCAUUCUGGCCAUGGUCAGAUCACCAAGGUUUCCAUUGAUCUAUUUCAUUGAUUUCAUUGGUAAUGUAUCGAGUGCUGCCCACUUGAUCAGUCUCCAUUCUCUGGAUGGACUUAAUCUUGGGCUUUGAAUCCAAGCAAAUGGUGUAUGAAA